AUGAAAGACAAUAAAACUAUACCAUUAGUAUAUAUUCUAGCACCUCGCAAAACCAAAGCAAUUUAUAGUAAGUUUUUGACAGUUUUAAAAAACAAAUUACAAAAUGUUCAAGUUCGGCGUAUAAUGGUGGAUUUCGAAUGGGCAUAUAUGGAUGCCUUUAUGGAUUGCUUCCCCGGUGUUGAGAUUGUUGGCUGUUUCUUUCACAUGACACAGUGUGUGUGGCGUCAAACUCAACAAUGUGGCUUACAGAGGCGUUAUAAUAAUGAUAUGGAUUUCGCACGUCAUUUACGUAUGAUAAUGGCAUUGGCAUUUGUGCCCAAUGAUGACGUUAAAGAUGCUUAUGAGAAACUUGUGUCUUGGCAUUUUUACGAUACUAAUAGCGAGGAAUUAAGUGAUUUAGUCACAUACGUUGAACAAGUUUGGAUUGGCAAAAGACGGUGUGUUGGUCGACGUAGUAAACCCUUAUUUGCAAUAAAACCAUGGAAUUGUUAUCUUGCUGUUUUACAAGAUGAAAGUCGGACCAAUAAUGUAUGUGAAGGUUGGCAUAAUGGGCUCAAUGGCCGUAUUCAAGUACAUCAUGCUAUGUUCGGUAAUUUUAUUAAUUAAAAGAUGAGCAAAACAUAACUGAUUUGGUUAUGACUCAAAUAAAGACUGGAUUAAAUGUUGCUAAUAAGACUCUUCAGGCUUAUCGUGAUGUUAAUACGCGUUUGAAGCGAAUUGUACAAAAUUAUGAUGCUACUGAUAAGCUUGGUUAUUUACGCAAUAUUAGUGCCUUACUGUCAAUUAAUUAAUUAGAACGUAUAUUUGAUACAACAAUUUCAGUAUUAAAUUUUUAACGCAAUAAUUUAUAAUUAUUGAUACCUAAUUAACGUUAAAUAUUA